CCACAGUGCAGACAGUACAGAUAUUCUGGAGUGUAUACAAUAAUAUUGCUCCUGUGACUAGCCUGCCUUUGAGAUGUAGUUAUCAUUUAAUGAGAGGAGAGAGGCGACCACUUCGGAAAGAGGAAAGUAAUGCACAGGGUGGCGUAUGGAAGAUGAAAGUUCCCAAGGAUAGCACGUCCACAGUUUGGAAAGAGCUGUUAUUAGCGACUACCGGGGAACAGUUCACAGACUGUGUGGCCACAGAUGACGAAGUCAUAGGAGUUAAUGUCAGCAUUCGGGACAGAGAAGAUGUCGUCCAAAUCUGGAAUGUAAAUGCCUCUUUAGUGGGCGAAGCAACCAUUUUAGAAAAGAUCUAUGAACUUCUGCCACACAUAUCUUUUAAAGCGGUAUUUUAUAAACCCCAUGAAGAGCAUCAUGCUUUUGAAGGUGGACGUGGAAAACACUAAUUGCACUCUGUAAAGAAUUCUUUGUCCUUUGCUGAUUGGUUUUGGAAACGGUCUUAACAGGAGGGAGAGUGGAGAGAAGACUUGCCGAAGCCCGAUGCUGGUCACUUUAGAGUGGGUUUCUGCGCGUGCAGACUGGGCGAUUAGGAUGGGGGAGACUGUGUGGGUUCUACCGUCACAUUACUUGCUUUUUUAAUUUUUACUUUUUGGCUUUCUAAAUUCUCUAUUCUUUUCAAACUUUUUUUUGCCCUUUAAAAUUCCUUAUUCAGUCUAAUUAUUGUUUUCUACACUUUCUUUUCAUUGAGGCACAAGAAAAUGGUUUCCCUUUAAACAGCUCUGCUGUACCUAGUUAAUGAGAAUAUACACAAUCAUGACAAUACUGCUUUUGAAAACCAUGCUGUACUCUAGGAAUUCUAGCUUGAUGAAACCUGUCUUUUGAUUAUUUAUCGUGACACAUUGCUACACACUAUGCACCAGGCAUUGCUUUUUUUAUUUUCUGUCCCAGGGAAAAGAUAAACCAUACUUAAUCUGGUUUUGCUCUGAGAACACACACAUAUUUUAUUUCU